UCACGCUGCUCGGCUCGACGGCUGCUCGCUCAGCCGCUCCAGUAUCAUGCCCUCCAGCUCGGCCUUGGCGGCGCUCUCAGGAGAUGCCGAAAGCACCUCAACGAUGCUCGUCUGAGUGACGUGCUCAGGAGGGAUCGCCGACUUGCCCGCCUCAGUCGUGUCCACUCGCCGUGCCAAUUAACCACUUGCCCCCUCCCCCCUCCCCCCUGUCCUCAGUGGCCGUCCCCCUCGAUUCCUGCGAUCUGCCGUAGCUGCUGCUCAUGCGUUGACACGUCCCCCGACUCCCCCACAGCCACACAUGCUCUGGACGGCGCCCCGUAUUUGUUGGCCGAGCCAGUCGGCAGCACUGACUGCCGCCGACCAGCCGAAGGCGGUGGCGGUGCAAGCGUCCUGCCACGCCGACCGCACCUCCCAGAGGAGGGGGUCGUCGGUGGCCUCCCACAGCUCCCAGCGGCCGCUAAAUGGAUUCUCCUUCCAGCCGCCGUCGAUUAGACAGUCGACCCGCACCCAUUUGGCCGUGAAUGCCUGGAAGUCGAUCUCAUGGGCACGACUGAUGUGGAUGGGUGCGGGCCCGUCAUCGUCCAU